AUGGAAAGAUUCCUAAAUUCAAAAGCCAGGAGGCUGGGUUCCUGUUCCCACCCUGCCAUUUACCCUCUGUGUGGUCCUGAUGAAGACACUUCAUGCUCCACUAUUUACUUGCCUCUGAAAUGAAGGGCUGACCCAGAUCAGUUGUUCUCUGACCUGCUUCGAGGGACUCAGAGGCUGUGGAGCAACAGAUUUGGGAAUAAGGAAUCAUUCCCUGGAAGAGUCAGAGCACUCUUAGACACAUUCUGCUGGGUUGCUCGAGCUCCUCCCCUGGGAAAUCCACUAAAACUAGAGGAAAGAAUUGCUGAGAGGAUUCAGAGGCUGAAGAGUAGACAGAGGGCUUUAAUUGAAAAAAAGAAGCAGAAAAUUAAGGAAGAUGUGAGGCAUCAGUGCCAGCAGACGAUAUGUGACAGGUGCUAG